AGAGUUCAGCAGCAGCAGCUCGGCCGAAGUUACAGCGAAACUUCCACAAUAAUAUUAAUAAUGUUUCGCUGAAAAAGAUGAGUCGCCAGCAGGACGUCGUGUUGACCGCAUACACCAGCAACUCUGAGGCCGUGCUGGCGGUUAAAGAGUCCGCGGAGUUUCCAGCAGCGAGACGGAGAUCAGGUUUUCUCCACAUUCAGCAGCUGCAAACAGUCGAUUCUGCUGGAUCCUGCUGGCCGGAGCACUGUCUGAAGAGAAGCCGCAGAACCGGUCAGUAUAAUGUGCAGCGGCUCAGAGGGCCCGCGGCGGCCCCGUACCAGCGCUGCAGCUCGCAGGACUCUCUUGAUGAGCAGGCCAUGGUGGAUUACUUCAAAGAGGUGGAGAUCAUCCAGCGGAGUGGAGACGCAGAAACACAGGAGGAGCUGCAGCUGAAGGUGGCUGAUGAGGGUGAGCAGGAGGAGGCAUGGCUGAUGGAGGCGGGGCUAGCGACUCUGUUCGACCAAUCGGCUUCCGACGGCGAGGAUGGCAUCGCUCUCUUGUCGACUCUGACCCGAACACAAGCAGCCGCUGUGGAGAGACGUGUGGAGACGCUUAAGCAGACGCUACGCAAGCGCAACAAACCCUACGUAGUCCCUGAUGUGCGGGAGAUCUUUAAACCCUCGCCCACUGCUGCACACAGUAAACAGGAUGAGGCAGAAUCCACAGAGCGAAGUGGCAGCAAUAAACAGGAAGUGGAAGGACUGGGUAACGGGGUGGGGCCUGUUGCCAAAGGGGGUGGAGCUAACGCUGAGACGGACAUUAACCUGGAGGUGUCCUUCUCUGAACAGGCGCUGGUCUAUAAAGAAGAGCUGAAGCUCAGCAAACCUCAGAGUCAAGCUGACGACAGACUGCCUGAUUUUAAAGUGUCUCAGGAUAAGACGGGACAGACUAAAGUGGGCGAUCUGUCGGCGGAGGACAUGAAGAAGGUGCGCAGGCUGGUCCUGAUAGAGAUGAGCGCUCUGUUCGACACGUGUGGCGUUGAGGUCAAGGCUCAUAAAGCACUCAAGGUCAAAGUCAGAGAGUCGGGUUUGUUUGGAGUUCCUCUCACUGUUCUGCUGGAUCAAGACCAGCGCAGGAUCCCAGGAACCAAAGUGCCUCUGAUACUGCAGCAUCUGAUCUCUCACAUAGAGGAGCAGGGUUUGGACACAGAAGGUGUGCUGAGGAUUCCUGGAGCAGCUACUCGAGUCAAGGCCGUCUGCCAUGAGCUGGAGCAUAAGUUCUAUGAAGGCCUGUUUCCCUGGGAGAGUUUGAAGCAGCACGACACCGCCAGUCUUCUGAAGCUGUUCAUCAGAGAGCUGCCGUACCCACUGCUGACCGUACAGUACUUCAAUGCCUUCAUCUCUGUGCUGAAGUUGCCCUCUCAGAAGCAGCAGCUGCAGGCUCUAAAUCUGCUGGUGCUGCUGUUGCCCGAACACAACCGAGACACACUGAAGGCAUUGAUGGAGUUCUUCCAGCGCGUGAUCCACCAUAAGGACAAAAACAAAAUGACCCUCAACAAUGUUGCAGUGGUGAUGGCGCCCAACAUCUUCAUGUGUAAGGGUUUCCGUAGUAAGAUCAGCGAGCAGCAGGAGUUCGCCAUGGCAACUGGCACCGCCAACAUCGUCCGGCUGCUCAUCCGCUACCAGAACCUGCUCUGGACGAUUCCUAAGUUCAUCCUGAAUCAAGUGCGCAAACACAACAUGGAGAACCAGCGGAAGAUGAACAGAGACCGAGCGGUAAAGAAGCUGCUGAAAAAGAUGGCGUAUGACCGGGAGAGAGCCACUGAGAGACAGGAGAGAAACACUGAGGCUGAGGGAGGCUUCAUAAGGGUUCAGGCUCCUCAGUUCCUCAUGGUGUCCAUGGCCAUUCAGCUGACAGAGGAUCUAAAGGCCUCAGAUGUCCUGACACGCUUCCUCAGUCAGGAGAGGUCUGUGACUGUGAAAAGGGAAGAUCUGUGUCUCUAUGAGAUGGGAGGAAACAUCAAGGAGAGAUGUCUGGAUGAAGAGACGUACAUCAAAGCUCUUCUGGAGCUCAACCCCAGUGCAGAGUGGGUGAUCAAAUCAGUCCAACACUGACCCAACAGACACUACACACACAUAUCCACACACACACACACACACACACACACACACACACACACACACACACACACACACACGCACACAUAUAUAUGUGGACACACAAACACACGCGCACACUGACGCAUGUAAAACGAUACAAACAAACACAGAGAGAGGAAGACCCACGUCCACUACAACACAUCACAGACUACACACAACACAGACACACACACUGAAACACACACACUGACACGCGCAUGCAAACAAGCACACACAUACUCUGACAAGCACACAAACAAGCACACACACUCUGACAAACACAAACACAUGAACACACACUGACACAAACAAGCACACACACAAACAUAGAUGCACACACACUGAUACAAACACACACAUGCACACACCCUCUGACACAUGCACACACUGACUCAAACACACACAUUCACACACUCUGACACACAAACAGGCACUGACAAAAUUACACACAGACACGAAUACACACAUGCACACACGCACUCUGACACCCAAACACACACAAACAUGCACACACUGUCACUAAUACACACACACACACACACACACACACACACACAGAAACACAAACAAACAAACAAGCACACACAAACACAAGCACACUCUGGCGCGAACACACACACACAUGCACAAACACAUAUACAGAGAAACACUCCACUACAUGUCCACUACAGCACAUGCCAAAUAACUCGAGACGUCUUCAACACACACACACACACACACACACGCACACACACACACACACACACACACACACACACACACAAACACACGUCCACUACUGAAUGUGUUUUUGCUCAGACCAAAAGAGCUGCUGGUCUCCUCCAUCAGACAGAUGUAACGCAGUGUUUGUGAGGGACAGAAACACACACUCAUCUAUCAUCUGUUCACGAAUCUCCACACUUCAUAGGGAAAACUUUAAUACUGUGGCCUUUUUUGAAAAGAGCGUCAGCGUUCAUCCUCCUGCACACUCUUCUUCUCAUUAUACUCUCACUGCUGUCGCUGACUUUGUCAUUUAUAUUAAAAAGAAACAUAUAAAUUGAGGUUAAAAUAGGAUCCUUCUAGUUUCCCUGAGCUCCACAAAUCUCUUCUACAUUUUAUACCAAAUGAAAACAUGUAAAACAUCCUCAGACGGUUGCAGCGCUGAGGUACAUUUACUACAUUUACUCUAUUAAACCUGUCCCUGAUGGCUUUAGCAAUGACUACGUUUACAUGGACGUCAGUAAUCUAAUCAUUUGCCUAAUCUGAUUUAGACAAUAAUAUGAUGAUGGUGUUUACAGGAGUUGCUUAUUAAAUGUUCAUGAUCCUGUUUGACAUGCUAUAGCACAUAAUUCAAUAAAUGUCACCGCGCUAUCAACAUUUCCUCCAGAGUUUCAUGUACUUUCAGGUGUAUCAUCUUUAAUUUGUCGACUUUAACUGCAGUUCGUCAGUUUUACUUUCAUUCAGGAACAUUUCAUGCAUGCCCCCUGUGAAAAUCGAGAUGGAAGAGUGAAGUUUUAAUGGAAUUUAAUAGCCGCACGUCGUAUGGAAAGACAAAACCUCUGCGUUUUGUGUGUCAGGUGUCUGUGGUCCUUUACUGACUCGGUAGGUGUAGAGAAUAGUGUGAAACAGCUGUGUGUAUAAAAUAUCCUGUCGCAAAAUGUGGCAAAAAUCCUGCACGACGAUAAUAGUUUGAACACUUUCACGCAUACGAUCACAUCAGUGUGAUUAGCCUUGGCUGGUCCCUGAAGUUUACAAUCACACUGGUGUGAUCAGCCAUGGCUGGUCCUUGAAGCGUAGGAUCACACUGGUGUGAUCAGCCUUGGAUGGUCCCUGAAGUGUACAAUCACACCGGUGUGAUCAGCCUUGGCUGGUCCUUGAAGCGUACGAUCACACCGGUGUGAUUGGCCUUGGCUGGUCCCUGAAGCGUACGAUCACACCGGUAUGAUCAGCCUUGGCUGGUCCCUGAAGCGUACGAUCACACCGGUGUGAUCAGCCUUGGCUGGUCCCUGAAGCGUACGAUCACACCGGUGUGAUCAGCCUUGGCUGGUCCCUGAAGCGUACGAUCACACCAGUGUGAUUACAACAUUCAGAGCGCACAUCAUCAACUGCUAAAAUUGCUGAGGCACAGAAAGAGGUGUGAUUUCCAUGCUUUCGAACAAAUUACAUUUAUUUUAGGUUUCAGACAUUCACAUACACGUAACUAUAAGCAAACCAUACCAUUAAAGGUUUGUAAAGUACACGCGGAUGUCUAUGAAGACGGCAAUAAUAAUUAUUUUCAAUAUAACUGGAUGAUGUGCUUUGUUCACGUAAGAUAAACACUGUUACUAGAAUGUUUUCUCCAUUCCUCUCCCAGAUGAACAGUUGCUUACCUUCAUGUAUUUCAGCAGAAAAUUAUGAAUAAACAUGACAAAACCAGCAGCUCGAAUCUCUCCUGCAGGUGUUGCUAGAAGGGAAACAGCUGUGAUCGGAAGUUAAUAAAUAAUAUUAAUAGUUAACGAUUAGUAUUAAUAUUGGCGACGCGGAGGUGCAGUAGGUAAUGCUGUCGCCUCACAGCAAGAAGGUUGCUGGUUCGAGCCUUGGCUGGGUCAGUUGGUGUUUCUGUGUGGAGUUUGCAUAUUUUCCCCACAUUCGUGUGGGUUUCCUCCGGGUGCUCCAGUUUCCCCCACAGUCCAAAGACAUGCGGUACAGGUGAAUUGGUUAGGCUAAAUUGUCCAUAGUGUAUAAGUGUGAAUGAGAGUGAAUGGAUGUUUCCCAGUGAUGGGUUGCAGCUGAAAGGGCAUCCGCUGUGUAAAACAUGUGCUGGAUAAGUUGCUGGUUCAUUCCGCUGUGGCGACCCCGGAUUAUUAAAGGGAUUAAGCCAAAAAGAAAAUGAAUGAAUAGUAUUAAUAUUAUUUAUCAAAUUAUGCAUUAAUUGUAUUUUAUUAGAGUCUACCCCUACCUCAACCCUAAACCCAACCCUCAUGGUACUGUAAAAAUAAUAUUAUUUGUUGCAGUGUCACAAAAAUGAUGCUUUAUUGACGUGAGUAUCCUCAGCUUUAUCCCAUUUAGACUUCACAGCGCUGGUGGGUCACGUGAUAAACUUGAGACUUUUAGUAGCAUUAUUGAAGUGCAGUACAGACAUGUAAACACAGCAAUCAAACUAUGAUCGUCGUUUAGGAUUUUUGCCAUAUUUUGUGUUAGGAUAGUCUACAUACCCACAUGCAGAGUCACUGAUUCGAUCCAAGACCAACGACGAGCUGAUCCCAAGGUUUCCAUAUCCUGGAUCAGGCCGUAUCCUGAGCAGCUACUGUGGUGGUCAUGGAGGAGUGGAGAACAUGAGACUGAUUCCUGUGACGCUCCAGAGACAGACGAGUCUUCACUGAGGCCAGCUUCCAGCCUCCACCACUGAGACUGCAGCUCUGCACAAGACGUUUGGCCAGCGGAGAAAUUAAAAUGGUCAUGAUCAACUGAGUCUGGUUUCUCUCAAGGUUUUUUUUUCUUCACUUUCGCCAACUAGUGAAGUUUUUUUCCCUCUCCGCUGUCGCCUCUGGCUUGCAUGGUUCUGGAUCUGUAGAGCUGCGCAUCGUUGGAUUUGCUCUUCAGUGUUUGGACUCUCAGUAGUGAUUAUUAAACCACACUGAACUGAGCUCAACUGAACUGAACUUAAACACUACAAACUGAACUACACUGUUCCUAUUUACUAUGAUCUUCUAUGUGAAGCUGCUUUGACACAAUCUACAUUGUAUAAGUGCUACACAAAUAAAGGGGAAUUGAAUUGAAUUGAAUUGAAAAACACACACAGCUGUUUGACACUAUUCUCUAGAUCUACAGAGUCAGUGAAGGACCACAGAAACCUGAAUCGUGAAAUGCAGAGGUUUUUUUUACCCAUAAGGCGUGCAGUAUCAAACUGCAUUAAAACUACACUCUUCCAGCAGUUCCUUGUAUCCAAUAUCUUGUUUGUCACAGGGGCCAUGAAUGAAAUGUUCCUGAAUGAAAGUGAAUGUGAUGAACUGCAGUUAAAGUCAACAAAUUAAGAAUGAAACACACAAAAAUACAUGAAACUCUGGAGGAAAUGUGGAUAGCCUGGUGACACGAUGACGUUAAUCGUAUUAUGUGCUAUAACAUGUAAAACGGGAUCAUGAAAGGAACAUUUAAAGAAGCAACUCAUGCUAACACCUUCAUAUUAUUGUGUUAUUCAGAUUAAGUAAAAUAAUUCCAUUACUCAUGUCCAUGUAAACGUAGUCAUUGAAAAUUCUGCUUUAAAAUCAGUCUCACGUUAGCGCUUACUGCCAAUAAAUUGUUCGCUCGCUCCCAGGGAUCUUGAACGUACUUUUGUUUUAAAGAAAUAUUUUGUAAUGUUGGAUUAAAUUGAAGUUUCUACAGAGUCAGAUGAUGCAAGUUUCAGACCUCAUAAAGUACUUCAACGGAGGGAAAAACACUUCGCAAUGAUGCCCAUGUCAUUUCAAUGAGUAGUUUUGAGCUAUGAUUGUUGUUUUUUACUGUACUAUACAGUAUCUUUUACUGAUAUUGUUCUUUUACUGUGAAUAUGGCUAAAACGACUUUUAAUGCCUCUUAAAUUAACCACUAGAUGUUUUUUUUUUGUAAAUAAAUGUGCAAUUCCUCA